CAGAAGUUUCACUUCCUCUGCUACUUAAGUACUGCUGAACAUACCGUGACUUCACAGUGUUCAUUUAUAUUAUUACAUUACUUUAUUACAUAUAUUUUAGUAUCUAUCUCACUGGACUUAACGAUGUUUGUUUUGUCUCAGGUGCGGCGAUAUGUUUCCGUACUUACGCAAGGCUCCUAAUUGUUUUAUUUCUAUGGGUGGGAAGUUGGCAGCUCUAUCGCAGUGUGUUUUAUCAGAUGCUACGGUUUUAUAACAGAUCGUACUGUUUCAUAGUUCAUUUGCAUCAGUCUUUCCUUCUGACUACAUACUGUAGCUCUCCAUCUGCCUUAUAGUCAGUCUCGAUAUUUCUCUAGAUGAACUUCACCAUCGAUCAGACUUGGGACAGCUUACCCGUGAACCACGACCCUGUAAACAUUAAGUUCUCGCCGGGAGAUUGUGGACUUUUAAUGGAAGUGUCCGCCCCCUUUUUCAAUGAUCCAGCAUCUCCACCAGGGGGUGCUGGUCAGCCAUUUCCUGGACUUUGGGACUAUGAAGUUGUCGAGUCCUUCUUCUUGAAUAGCAACACAGAAAAAUAUCUGGAGGUGGAACUUUGCCCGCAUGGACAACAUUUAAUUUUAUUACUUUCUGGGAGAGGACAUGCAUUCCAGCAAGGGCUGCCUUUGUCAUUCCACGCCUCCAUAAACGGGAAUAGGUGGGUGGGGCAGGCUCUCCUUCCGUGGAGAUAUUUCCCACCAGGAGUGAAUAAAAUGAAUUCCUAUGCAAUCCAUGGUUCUGGAGAAGCAAGGACCUAUGAAUCCCUUUAUCCCAUACCAAGGGAUGAAAUCGAGGCGGGUCAAAAACCCAACUUUCAUCGCCUGGAAUACUUCCAAGAUUUCCGCCUUCAAGAAAUCAUGGGAGAUGGAUGGGUGCAGCCCGACUCCGACCUUUGGACAACGGCUAUAUGAUCAUUGAGACUGUGAGGUCUGAUUAACUGAAGAAUCAAUGCAAAAUACAUGAAUACAUGAUUAAUUGCACAUUAGUUGUUCUGAAAUUAUCAUGAAAUUCAUAAUCUAAUGAAUAUUAACUCAUCAGACCUGUUUAAUCUGAUCUAGGUUUACCUAAAAUAAAAAUUUGUAUUUGUAAGAAGAGAUUUAUUAAAGGACAGUACAUCUGAAGAUGUAUGAUUAAAGCUUUAUUAAAUGCAUUCCAAAUGUA